GUGUUUUUACUGUAAGACUGCUGCCUGCGGCUCCUCCCACCGCGCUAUAAGAGCCCAGCUGAGCAGGUACUCCGUGUCCAUCCCUGGAAUAGACAUCGUCCAAACGGACUUGAGGAAAGUCGGCUAGCUUCAUUGAAAUCCUGCCUUUUUGUUGCCGCAGGUGGUUACAUGCGGCCUGUGCGCCACAUCGACGCGCCGGGUCGGUCCCCGCGUCGGCGCUCGGUCUGAUCGACUCUCUUUUAAAGAUGACUUUCGCCAUGCUGCGGCCCGUGGCGACGCGCUUGGUCUACUCCGACUUCACCGUCACGUCCGAGGAGGACGAAAACCGCAGCGAAAGCGACGGCAGCUCGGAGCAGAGCUACGGCGACUGCGGCGAAAAACGAAGGCGGAUUUCGCGCAAUCCGGAUGGCGAGCCGCCGGUGGUGGUGAAACAGAGGAGCGCCGCUAACGCACGGGAGAGAGGCAGGACCCAGAGUGUCAACACGGCGUUCACGGCUCUGCGGACUCUCAUACCCACCGAGCCGGUGGACAGAAAGCUCUCCAAGAUCGAAACUCUUCGACUGGCGUCCAGCUACAUCUCCCAUCUGGCCAACGUGCUUCUUCUCGGAGACGGCGGCGCCGACGCACAGCCGUGCCUCGGCUCGGUCCACGCGCAAGGAGAGAGCGGGGCGCUGCAGCCGCGCACCAUCUGCACCUUCUGCCUGAGCAACCAGAGGAAAGGGAUAAAGGAUGGCAAAGACUGUUUAAAGAUGCGAAGAAUGGGUCCGCUGCGAAUGGGACGCUGAGUGAAGCCCAGUGAACGAUUAACAACCUGACAACCCUCAAAAACUUUCUCAGGGAAGAGUCAAAGCUGGUGUUACACAGCACAUACUUAAACACACACACACACACACACACACACACACACACACACACACACACACACACACACACACACACACGCAAACACAUGCUGGAUCAAAUGAAGGAAAUCAAGAAGAGACUAUUUAUACUUGACCAAGAAAUGUAAUCAUAAGCAGAAGCAUCAGAUGCAGUGCAUUUGUUUGAAACUUAUGAACUUUUUUAUCCACCUGAAAGUUUUAAAUAAAAUAUAUUUUAUGAAAAAUAAAGGUAGUUAUUUUCCUGAUUUCCUAGUUUUUGCUGGGACAUCAAAUACAAUUGUGCCAUGAAAAGUUAUGCUGUAUGUCAGAUUGUGGUAAUGACUGGGACACUGAUGCACAGACAGAAGACAGUGUUCCCUUCUGGGACCCACAAACCUUUCGCUCCGACAAGCUGGGUUCACAAGGUUUGAAGUGUAGAUUGGAUUGGAUCCUAUAAAAGACAAAAUUGUAAACCGUUUUUGUUCCACAUCUAAAUGCUGAAUUAACAACUUUAUUGAAUCUUCUGCUCCAUUUGAAAAUAUCUUUUCUUCAGCAUCAACUAAGUGGUUUUGUCCUUUUGGAAAGAUGUCUCCCACUGACACACUUUUCCACUCUUUCCGGUAAUCUUGCCAAGACAUUGUUGUAUAAAACCCGCAGAGCCUCAGCAAAGGUUCAAGGUUUCUGGUGUCAAUGGCUGCAGUAUUUUUUUCCAGAUCUCACGAUUGGUGCUUUUUAAAAAUCUGUUAUCGAUUAGUCACGGCAAAUAGUAGCCCACACUCCACUGUGAGCCCCCAACACAGCUGUUGGUAUGUCAGAAGGAUAAAUCACUGCUGUGGGCCCAACGGACAGGGAGCGAUGGGGUGAGAGGUCAGAGGUCACGUUGGAGCAGAGAAGGUGAAGCCCCGCUGAGGCGUAAUCUUGGAAAAGGAUGCAAAUAUAAUGCUGCGGUCGAUACGGAAGAUAACGUUCUGCAGAAAGUUAUCUUCCGUACAGAUUAGAGGUUGAAGAUUCACUUUUAAGUUUAAUCUUAAACUCGGUUACGCAACCAGCAUGACAGAUAAUUACUAAACUAGAUUUUUCUAGAUUUAUCAGCUUUCAACUUCUACAUUCUCUUGCAGCAUGAGCAACAUAUCGCAUAGACAAUUUCCCUCUCUUUCACUGCAACAUCUCAUAACUGAGAUAUCCGCUGCGAAAUAUAAAAAGCCACCGAGUCUCUGCGGGCCUCUGUCUGUCCUCUGGGGUCUGAAAAAGACGCUGCAGCGAUUGGUCCAACAGGCGGACACACACACACACACAGCUGAGCCCGAGGACCCGUCUGGCAUUGCUUUGAAUGAGUCCUCCAAACGACAGAGGGACGCUCCCGGUGACACUGGGGGCCGUGUGCAAAGGGAGUUUUUUUAAGGCGGUUGAGGGGUGCACGCUGGGGGUCCGAGCUCCCUUCCUACACCUCCACAUCCCCCACCUGCCCCCUGUCAGGCUAAUUGGUUUUUGCUGUGCUACGUCCUCCACGCUCGGGGGGCCCCGGGGCCUCCUCAAACGGCUCCCAGAGGCUCGCCCCGGCAGGAAGACGUCACGGAGGCACAGGAAGGGAAAACAACGCGCUGCCGACCUCUCGGCGCAACUCUCUGUGCGGCGGGCUUUGGGUCAGCGCCAGUCCUGACUUCAUCCGGCGCUGGGACCCAGAUGUACGGCUCUCCGGUGCUGCUUUCUUAGUGAGAGCCGCCCAACGUAGCGAGUGUUCAACCAAUUCGGAAGUAGACUUUUUGACAGGUACCAAAUUGAUGGCAGAGACCAUCAGAGGAGAUGAGGGAGGAAUAAGGUCAGUGUGGAUGUGUUUAACAUGUCUGACAGGCGAGGAUCCACCUGGGGGCCACUGCAGAGGUUUACUGCCUGGCUUUGGUGAGUUGUUCCUCUUCCUCGGACGCUCGCAUCUCUUAAUCCCAAAAGAGGUUCUUCAGCAGGAAGAAUUUCAGCGCAGACCAAAUGAAGCUAGACGGCGGUUCCUCCUCCAGCUGCCAGUUUUAUGACCUGAGAUGAGAAAUCACUCAUGGGAUUUUAGAAAUUACUGAUGGAUUGGAUUUGUUUUGGGGUAAAAAUAUGGUUCAUUUUUAAUUAAAAUGGAAACAACAAGAACCAAACACUUGUUUCCUCUCUUGAAUGAACUUUUUCUACUCUACGAAUUGUUGUUGUGUUUUAAAAUAUCAAACCUGAACUCUCUCUUGCAAACUAAAUUAUACAUUAAGUAGAGAGACUAAAGAGAGAAGGGGAAGAUUUAUGUUUCCUUUCAUGCAGAUCCGAAGGUCACAAACAUUUCUGUCUUAAAUAAAUAGCACCAGUGGAGUACUGGGCUCGCUUUACCCGCUAGCAAUUGGUUAUUAGUUAUCAACCCCAAAUAAUGGUAAAAUAAUGUACUACUAUACCAUUUGUCUUACAAAGGGGCCACUGUGACAAACUGCAAAUACUCAUAAUGUAUGUUUGUAACAGUGCAUUGAAGAUGUCGAAUUGUACUUAUUGUACGAGUAGAUUAUAACACUUUUUCACUUUCCAUAUGUAUUUUGAUGAAUAACCCGACAUUAAAUUAAAGAAUUACACAACC